ACUGCAUGCUGUGUAGACUGUAGUCUGUAGUGUAGUGCUCAGUUGUGUUUUUAGACUUUUGUAGUUUUGAGUGCUGGAAAUUAUGUACCAGUAACUGAAAUGGCUGACGUUACAUUGAAGGAUGGACGCUCCGUGUCCUCGCUCAGAGUAUCUGAUUUGAAAGAGGAGCUGGCAAAGCUGGGUUUGCCACAGAAGGGAAAUAAAGCUGAUUUAACAGAGCGCCUUCGUGAGGCGUUGCUGGCUCAGCAAAAUGUGCCUGGAAACAACGACACUUCUAUUCCGCAGGAGGACGGAGCAGGAGAGCAGCCGCAACCUGACAGCGAGCCCACCAGUGAGCGCGCUGAUAAUGUAGAUGGCAAUGCCACCGCAGAGCAGCAAAUGAAUGUUUCUACCGGUGCGAACGUAUCUCUUGAUCCUGCUGAAGAAGAAGAGGAGGAGGAGAGACUUGACUAUGGCGGUGACUCAAUGAUUGUGUCAACGGCCGUUGAAGAUGAUGCCGCGGAUAAUAUCCUGGGUGCUAGCAAUAGCAGCACUGCCGUAAAUGUAUCAAAGUCAUCCGACAAGCCCAGGGAAGAGUCCAAAGAGACUGAGCCGUCUCCUACCACUCCGGGUCGCUUAUCACUUCGUCGUUCCCGAGAUGUUGAUCCAGAAACAGCUGCUCAGAAUCGCAAGCGUCGCUGGACUGGCUCUGAUCAAGCUACGUCGUCGAAUGGUGACCGCGAUGUAGAACUGCCAGCAAAGGUUGCCAAGUCAGGCUCGUCAUCUGAUAUCGCAGGGUCAUCAUCGAGAUCCUCCGUGCACCAGAGACUAGGCCCCGUGGAGGUCCCCGCCGAGAGCAGCUCUAGUGGUGCAAGCGAGGCUGAGCGAGACCAUCCUGCCUCACCCAAGAUGGCUUCACCGCGCCGUCGCAUGGAGCAAGAGAUUGCCCUGCAGGAGGAAGCCGAGCAGAAGCGCCUGAAGCACCUGCGCGAGCAGGAUGCUCUGCGCCGUCAGCAGCUACUGGGCAAGGGCACUGCUGCGGAGGGUAGCGCUGCUACUGAUGCUGCUGCCGCCCCCAUCUCCGGCAGGAGUGUCAGCUCUUCUUCGGACACCCGCCAUAAUGCUGCCGCCCCCGGUGUUAGCCGCACAUUGAGUACCAAUGCUGGGACAGCGUCGGAGCCAAUUCCAGCGAGCGGUGAUGCUGCCCCAUCCCAGCAGAGCGCCUCUUGCACCAUCAGUAUUCACGGUCUUGUGCGUCCGUUUACACUGCCGCAGCUGAAGGAGCUGCUGAGUCGCCACGGCCCCGUUGUGCCCGAUGGGUUUUGGAUUGAUCGUAUCAAGUCACACUGUUAUGUUUCGUUUGAAGAGGUGGACUCUGCAGAGGAAUGCCGUAAAGCUCUCCACGGUGCACGUUGGCCUACCACUAGCCCGCGCACGCUAUCUGUGGACUUUGCCGAUCCAACCCUGAUUACUGUUGAGACGAAUAACCAGAUGUCAGUGCGCAUGGCUGAUGGUACAUCAGUAUCUGUCACCACAUCAUCUGUCUCCGCCAAAGCAGCUUACGCCAGUGGCAGGUCGGCGCCUGCAACCGACACCGAUGGAAGACGGAGCGAUCAUCCACGGGCGGACAGGAAUAUCGACUUGCAGGCUAGGAGAGCUGCACGGGAGCAGCGGGAACGCGAUCGCCAGUCUGAGCGCGAUGGAGAACGUCGAUCCUCGUCCCAGAGCAAGUCCGGCGACAGGAAAGUGCCCGCACCAGAGCUAGGUUCUCGGGACCGACCUCAUGUUGUUGAGCACGAGGAGUCUCAGGCAGCAAACGUGCUGGAUCAGUUGUUUCGCAAGACUAACACGCUACCUGCGUUGUACUGGCUACCACUAACGGACGAACAGGCCAAAGAAAAGGAGCUAGCAGAAAAGAAGCGCAAGGCAGCAGCAACAGCGGCAGCACCACCACCCAGCAGCAGCAGUAGACGGCGACGAAGCCGCUCUCGCUCCCCUCCCUCUCGUCGACACUAGGCUAUACUUCAUUUUGUGUUUGAUACUUUUUUUUCGGAGAAUUUUGCUAUUUCUUGCUAUGCUUAAUUAAGAAUGUAAUGUAUAUUGCUGCUGCUGCUACUAGCUCUGUAUUCCACGUGGCAAUAUUGUGUCUCUCUCACAUAAUAAAUAGAUGCUUUGCCACCUCCCUUCUCUCCACUGUGAUCUUAUUAUUAGUACCCCCGCCGUGCUUGUAGGAGAUUAUGACACUGUAUGUGUUGUGUGAUGAAAUUUCAUGAAUAUGAUAUGAGGCAUGAUGGAAUAUUAUGACACAUAAGCAUAUGCCAUCUCAGCAGCACCAGCUUCGAAUAAAAAAUUGAAUGAAAAGUCAA